AAAGGCAAAAUGGUCAUCUUCCCCAUUUAUUUCAAUACCUAACCCACAACGCUCACAGAGAUCCAUUCCAAUUCCAAUUCCAAUUCCAAUUCACAGCAUUUUUCUCUUCAAAACUCCAAAAUGGCGAAACCCUUCAUAAGCCCUACAAAUCCCUAAAAUCUGACUCACUAUCUUCAACGAAAUGCAAUGCUUUCUUCUCUCCCUUUCGGAUUCUCUACCAACAACCUGCGAAUCUCUUCCUCUCUCCAAGAUAUCUCUUCUUACCCUCACCUUCAACCCCUUCCCAAACUCCAACCUUUAACAACCCCUUCUUCUCGCAACAAAUGCAUCAAAUUCACACUCUACCUCACUUCCUUUCUCUUCCUUACCUACCUCAUCUUCAUCCUCGUUUAUUCCUAUUGGAAUCACGCUUCUGGAAACUACUACGUUGUGCUCGAUUGUGGGAGUACUGGCACUAGGGUUUAUGUGUAUCACGCUUCAAUUCAAUUCACGCGCCAUAGUAAUCUUCCAUUGGCUAUUAAGUCAUUGCGGGAUGGCUUGCACAAGAAGCCUCUCGGGCGUGCCUAUGAUCGAAUGGAAACCGAGCCUGGGCUUGAUAAAUUGGUGCAUAAUGUUUCUGGGUUGAAGGGUGCUUUAAAACCGUUGAUUAGGUAUGCGAAGAAGCAAAUUCCGGUGCGUGCUCAUAAGACUACUUCUUUGUUUCUUUAUGCUACUGCUGGUGUUCGGAGGCUUCAUGUGAAUGAGUCUCGAUGGUUGUUGGAUAAUGCUUGGUCCGUAUUAAAGGACUCUCCUUUUAUGUGUCAGAGGAAUUGGGUUAAGAUUAUUUCUGGCACUGAGGAAGCUUAUUUUGGGUGGAUAUCUCUUAAUUAUCAUAGUGGUGUUUUGGGUGUUAGGCCUAGGAAGGCUACUUAUGGUGCACUUGACUUGGGUGGUUCUUCUUUGCAGGUUACGUUUGAGAGUGAUCAACAGAUGAAUAGUGAGACUAGCUUGUAUGUUAGGAUUGGAUCGGUGAAUCAUCAUUUAACUGCUUAUUCUCUUCCUGGGUAUGGUCUCAAUGAAGCAUUUGGUAAGUCUGUGGUGUAUCUAUUUCGGAAGGAGUUUGGAUAUAAUAAUGUUGAUGUGGGUGACAAGAUUAUAGAGCUUAAACAUCCUUGCUUGCAUUCUGGGUAUAAGGAGCAAUACACGUGCUCUCGUUGUUCUUCUGAUAAUGGGAAACAAUUGGGUAGGCAAGGAACUCCAUUAGUGCUUAUUGGUGCUCCGGAUUGGCAGCAAUGCAGUGCUCUUGCAAAAGUUGCUGUCAAUUUGUCUGAAUGGUCAAAUUUAAGCACGGGACGACUGGCACUUGAUUGUGAUGCUCAGCCUUGUGCUUUGCGUGAUAAUCUCCCUCGCCCGUAUGGCCACUUUUAUGUGAUUUCUGGAUUUUAUGUUGUGUACAGGUUUUUCAACUUGAGUUCUGAGGCCACGCUUGAUGAUGUGUUGGCAAAGGGUAAGGAUUUCUGUGAGAAAAAGUGGGAUGUUGCGAAGAAAAGUGUUGCCCCUCAACCCUUUAUUGAGCAGUACUGCUUUAGGGCACCCUACAUUGCCUCGCUGCUGAGACAGGGUUUACACAUUACUGAUGAUCAAAUAAGUGUUGGCUCUGGAAGUAUCACUUGGACACUUGGGGUUGCCUUGUUGGAAGCUGGAAAGGCAUAUUCCUCCAGAUUUGGGCUUCGUGACUUUGAAUUGCUCCAGAUGAAGAUAAAUCCUCUUUUUCUUAUUCCCAUUUUGUUGCUUUCUUUUAUUCUCCUUCUUUGUGCUUUAUCGUGCAUUGGCAAUUGGAUGCCAAGGUUUUUCUGGAGGCAAUAUCUCCCCAUUUCCAGGCAUAACAGUGUUUCCAGUGCUUCGAUUCUUAAUAUACCAUCUCCAUUUCGAUUCCAGCGAUGGAGUCCAAUGAGCUCUGGGGAUGGAAAAAUAAAGAUGCCUCUCAGCCCAACAAUCGCUGCUUCACAACAAAGCCCGUUUGCUCUGGGGCAUGGUCUUGACAACAACAGUGGUGGCAUCCAGCUUAUGGAAUCUUCCUUAUACCUUUCAACUAGUAGCGUCUCACAUAGUUAUUCCUCAAACAGUUUAGGGCAGUUGCAGUUUGACAAUGGUAAUAUGGGUGCCUUCUGGUCCCCCCACAGAAGUCAGAUGCGUCUGCAGAGUAGGAGAUCACAGUCUCGAGAAGACCUGACUUCCUCAUUGGCUGAAGCUCACCUGGUGCAGGUUUAGGGCAUCAACUUCUGGAAACAUUGUUGUUUUUGUCAUGGAGAUGACGGGGGCUAAAGAUGCAGCUAGAUUGAUUGAUUCCAAAUGAAGUUUCUUCUCCUGGUGCUCACUUCUAAACUGGAUUCCUCCACGAGUUGCAUAGCAAAAACAAAACAAGCACCCUCUUAUUCUGGGAAUCGGCUCAUCUAUACCAACUUUUCAGUGUAGCUCCUUGAUGUCUCCAUGUUCUGCCUUUGCUGUUUAGUUUUUCUGGUGCCCCUAAGCCUUCGGAAGUUAAGCAUCAAAGACUAACAAGCACAGAAAGGAUUUUGUUUCAUAAUAUUGCCAUGAUUAGUUAAUUUUGCGAUUGUUCUUAUGCCAUUCUUUAGACUCAUUAACUGUUAUUACUACAGAUAAUGCUUGUUUCAUUGGUGACUGACAAUGACCUGGAAAAUCAACUGGUAAAGAUGAACUUCAGGGAGAAGUUGUAACAUAGAACAUUACUCACAUCUUAUACGUCAAAUAAGCUACUGAAUUGACUUCACAUUUUGCAAGCAACUUCUACUUUUUGUAAACUGACUGCUAUGCUCUUAUAGCAUUUCCAAUUUUCCAUUAUGUUUGUUAUUUGCCAUCGGAGUUAAUCACCUUACCCUGCCCCUUCCAUUCAUCCAAAUGUUAUCAAUUAAUCACUAUUCCUUUUUGGAUGUAAGGUAAAAAGUGACAUUAAGGUAAUUUAUUUCAUUUAGAUUGUAAAUAGUUUAUCUACAGUCACAAAAGAAAUUCUUACUAAAGAAAUACUAGUCUUCGAAUCUUUACUCUGAAAUGGUGACGUUCUUCUGAUUGUUGUUGACGUGGCCUGACGUCAUAAGGGUACCUACAAAAGGUACUUCGAUGCUAAAGUCAGAAUUUGGUUCUGAACAAUAAAUGUUAUUUUAAUAUUGAAAAGUCAACUCUUUAUCUGUACUUUUUAUAUUCUUUUUAUUGGCAUUGUUAUG